AUGCAGAAGACAACCUACUACGACAGCUCCACGCUCUUUGGGGGUUACUCCUACGGGAAUGCCAAUGGGUUCGGCUACGAGGGUCCCCAGCAGCCCUUCCAGCCAGCCUCUCACGUGGAGAACGACUACCAGAGGUCCGCCUGCUCCCUCCAGUCUCUUGGCAACGCAACGCCGCACGCAAAAAGUAAAGACCUGAACGGGAGCUGCAUGCGUCCAAGUUUGCCCCAGGAGCACCAUCCGCCUCCCCCCGUCUCGCCGCCCCCGAACCCUGCCACCAACAGCACCAGUAGCAACAGCAAUAACCAGUCGGGGAGCAGUAAAACUGCCCCCAGCAAAGCCAACCUCAGUGCAAACGCCAGUCUCACCAAGCAGAUUUUCCCCUGGAUGAAAGAAUCGAGGCAAAACUCCAAACAGAAAAACAGCUCCCCUAGCACAGCAGAAACCUGCAGCGGCGAGAAAAGCCCUCCAGGCUCCUCGGCCUCCAAGAGAGCCCGCACAGCCUACACCAGCGCUCAGCUGGUGGAGCUGGAGAAGGAAUUCCACUUCAACCGCUACCUGUGCAGGCCCCGGCGCGUGGAGAUGGCCAACCUGCUGAACCUCAGCGAGAGGCAGAUCAAGAUCUGGUUCCAGAACAGGAGGAUGAAGUAUAAGAAAGAUCAGAAGUCGAAAGGCAUGGGUUCUUCCUCUGGAGGGCCUUCCCCCACCGGCAGCCCGCCCCAGCCCAUGCAAUCCUCCGCCGGAUUUAUGAACGCCUUGCACACCAUGAGCAGUAACUAUGAUGCCCCCUCGCCGCCUUCCUUCAAUAAACCCCACCAAAAUGCCUAUGCCAUGUCAACUAACUACCAAAACCCCAUCAAAGGCUGCCCCUCCCAACAGAAAUACGCCAACACGGCCCCCGAGUACGACCCCCACGUCUUACAAGGGAACGGGGUGGCCUACGGGACUCCCAGUAUGCAGGGAAGCCCCGUCUACGUUGGAGGUAACUAUGUGGAUUCUAUGCCCACCUCUGGCCCGUCCCUUUACGGUCUCAAUCACCUGCCCCAUCACCAGGCUGCCAACAUGGACUACAACGGGCCUCCGCAGAUGCCCCCGAGCCAGCACCACGGACCAUGCGAGACCCACCCCACCUACACAGACCUUUCCACGCACCACGCUUCUUCUCAGGGCAGAAUCCAAGAGGCGCCCAAGCUGACCCACCUGUGA